AUGUCUGCGACGGCGCAGCCGUGGGGGUCGCUGUUCUGCUGCGUGAACGGCGGCGCGGUUUCGGGCGAGGACGACGGGCCGUCGCCGCCGCGGCGGCGGAGGGGCAGCCGCAGCCGGAGGAGGGACCGGGGGGAGCGGCUCCUGCUGCUGCCGUCCUCGACGUCGGCGUCGCGGGUGUCGCUGUCGAGCCUCAGCUCAUCGGGGACGCUGACGCCCGAGGACCUGUCCGUGACGCUGUCCGGGUCCAACCUGCACGCCUUCACGUACGCCGAGCUGAGGGCCGUCACGGGGGGCUUCUCCCGCGCCAACUACCUGGGAUCCGGCGGGUUCGGCCCCGUCUACAGGGGCCGCGUCGACGCCGGCCUGCGCAAAGGGCUGGACGCGCAGCAGAUCGCCGUCGGCGCGGCCAGGGGCCUCGCCUUCCUCCACGACGCAGACACGCCGGUGAUCUACCGGGACUUCAAGGCCUCCAACAUCCUGCUUGACGAGGACUACAACACCAAGUUGUCGGACUUCGGGCUCGCCAAGGACGGGCCUCAGGGCGACGCGACCCAUGUCACAACGCGCGUGAUGGGGACAAACGGAUACGCGGCGCCAGAGUACAUCAUGACGGGGCACCUGACUGCCAAGAGCGACGUCUACAGCUUCGGGGUGGUGCUCCUGGAGCUCCUGACGGGCCGGCGGUCUGUCGACCGGGCUCGGCGGCCCAGGGAGCAGAGCCUGGUGGAUUGGGCCAGGCCCUACCUCAGGAAGCCCGACAAGCUGUACCGGGUCAUGGACCCGGCCAUGGAGUGCCAGUACUCGUGCCGAGGGGCUGAACGGGCUGCUAUGGUGGCGUACAAGUGCCUGAGCCAGAACCCGAAGUCUAGGCCCACCAUGAGGGAGGUGGUCCAGUCCCUGGAGCCCGUCCUGGACAUGGACGACUACCUCCAGAUCGGCCCGUUUGUGUUCACCGUCGUAGUGGAAGAUGGCGACGGCAAGAGCAACGACGGUGGCGAAGGCAAGGUUGUUGACGGGGAGAAGGUUGACGUGACGAUAGAGACGACAGUGGAGGAGAAGAAGCAGCACCAGAUGAGCCACCAGGACCGGCACCGGCAGAAGUUCCCCAACUCGGCGGUCCACGCUGACGUGGUGCUGCAUUACCGGGACGGCGGCGAACUCGGCCCGCACAUUAGCGCGCUGCGGCGGCACCGGAGGACGUCCAGCUACGUCAAGGAGAGAGGGGCGUAG